ACGUCCAACUUAAAUACGCAGGAGAGGAAGCAAUAACCGCACGAGUCGUUCUAAUUUUCCGUUAUGAAGCUUCGAUAGCGAUUUGAAACCCGAAAACAAAAACAAAAAAAGAAACGGCCGAAUCAUUAUUGACUACCUCAAUCGCUUUCGCCGAAACUCAGAAGAUCGAUAAACCCCAAACUAUUUUCGUAUCUCUCUCUCUCUCUCUCUCUCUCUGUGGUUUCUGAAUAGUGAAAGCGGUCGAGGUCGAUACGACGCCGAUUAGCUCAUUUCCCGGGGGAUAGAGAGAGAGAGAGAUUGGAGAUGGAUGAUCGAGGAGGAGGAGGAGGCUCGUUCGUGGCGGUGAGGAGGGUAGCUCCACGGCUGGAACAGGGAAGCGUUUACCAUUCUUCAUCAUCUGCUGAGGUUGUGGCUGGAUCGGCAGCUUGGUUAGGCCGUGGCCUUUCCUGUGUUUGUGCCCAGGGAAGCAAUGGCGACACCCGUCUUUCUUUUGAUCUUACACCUGCUCAGGAGGAAUGCCUGCUGAGGUUGCAGAGCCGCAUUGAUGUUGCAUAUGACAGCUCAAUACCUCAGCAUCAGGAAGCUCUCAAGGAUCUUUGGAAACUUGCCUUUCCAGAAGAAGAGCUACACGGAAUUGUAUCUGAGCAGUGGAAGGAAAUGGGUUGGCAGGGAAAAGAUCCAUCAACUGAUUUUAGGGGUGGUGGUUUCAUAUCUCUUGAAAACUUGUUGUACUUCGCUAAGAAUUUCCCGAAAUCCUUCCAGGACCUUCUGCGCAAGCAGGUUGGGGAUCGUUCUGUGUGGGAAUACCCGUUUGCUGUUGCUGGCGUCAAUAUUACCUUCAUGCUUAUCCAGAUGCUUGGCCUUGAAGCAGUGAAACCACGAAGUAUUGUUGGCGAAACAUUUUUGAGAUUCCUUUCAGUGAAUGAAUCUGCUUUUGACCUUCUGUAUUGUAUUGCCUUCAAGCUAAUGGAUCAGCAAUGGCUCUCCGUGCGUGCUUCAUACAUGGAAUUUAACACGGUAAUGAAAUCGACAAGGCGGCAAUUGGAGAGAGAGAUAAUGGUGGAAGACAUAACAGGCAUUGAAGAUAUGCCAUCAUACAGCCUUCUAAGUCAAUAAACAGCAAACAGCUUACGAAGGACUACAUUGUAAGUAGAAAGAUCUAACACCUCAAGAAACUCUUAUAUCGAAAAGCCUAAGACAACAGCAGAGCAUUCAAGCAAAAAAGAGGAGGACAGGGUCUCUCUUUCUCUCACCACUUUACUUCUGGGAGUACUGCUUUAUCUUAGUGAUUGGCUCCAUGAGAUUUGGGACAUUGAGUUGUUAUUUCUUUGAAACAGAUAUUAUUCAGGCUUUGUUUCGUAUGGGAUUUAGUUCUAACUUGUGGUGCUUGUAAAAACAUUGUUGGCUAUUAAAUUUACAGGACAUCUUAAUAAAUUAAAAUGGAAUGUGAUUCUGUA